AUGACCUUGCCAAAAAGCACCCAAGUAAUAACUGAUGAAUUUGAACAAAAGAAUGUACAUAUCGAACACAAAGAUAUUAAAGUUCAUUUCAAGCCGCGGGAUGAUAAAUGUAAAAUACAUGCUUUCUCAUUUGAAUUUGAUUCAAAUCCAACUUCUAUAAUCCGGGACAAUGCUACCCCACAUGGAUUUUCCUCAGCAAUAAUUCAUGUUUAUACCUUUUACCAACAUCUUCGAUUCUCACCAGAUGAUGAAUGGUUAACGGUUGUACAAGGUGUUAGCGGGCACAUUUUGAUUAAUGCAGAGCGUUUUCGUUACUUAUUCGUUGAUCACGAAGGUCAGGAAGAUGCUACCAUAGAUGCCAGAGAUAUUAUAAGAUCCGUCAACAGAAGUUUUAAGGGUAAUUGGCCACAAGCAAUUGCUCGACUUUCCGGCACUAUUGACAAGCGAGUUAAAAAAAAGUUGGUUUAA